AUGACGACCCCCCGCAACGCAACUAGAGAAAUUGCGGAGGAGAUGGCCCAACUCCGUAACACCAUGAGACAGGUUGCUAGCGAACUGCGCAUGAACAAAGCGUUAAUCCAAGACGCUAUGGCGCGUCUGGAAGAAAUGAAUAAUGGUCAUCACGUAGCCCCUUUCUGUGGGUUGCCUACUAUGCAUGAGAGUGACGAUGCCGCAGAGAAGCUGGAAAAGUUUUUGCUCACCAAUCCAGGCCAUGAGAGCCUCCCAUCCGAAGACGAAGAUACAGAUCCAGACGAGGUGCCUCCAAUCUACAGCCGGGAGAUGAAAGACCCAAACCUUCUUGAGGAAAAUUGGCUGGACCCCGUCUGGAUAGAAGGGGAUGGUUACUCAGGAAAGGUUCCUCGCGAAAUCGAGGAGUAUCUUGAGUUUGACUGUGCUAAUCUCUACUCCAUGAUUGGCUCCAUCAAGAGCAUCUUCUGGCUGUUCAAUCACAAAGAGCUAGUGAAGGUCGUCGAUGAUCCAGCUUGUAUUCUGGAGGACGAGAUCAUCGCAAUCCCGCGCAACAUAAACCCGAUGGGAUUUUUAAUGAGCUAUUAUUCCGAGCUGGAAAAGAUGCCGUUGUUCAUUCAACAGUUAUACGAUUGUGUCCGUCCCCAUCAGUCGUUCCAUGUCGCACCCGCGUUUCAUAUCCCCGAUGCAGUCACAUCAGAACCUUCCCGACUUUGCAUUGCCGAUAUAUACCGCGUCAGUCGUCCCCAAGCCUUUCCAGAAACCGUGCUGUGUCUGAAGAUCAAGCGCCAAAAGAACACGGAUAGGAUGGUCGCUGAAGUCAAGAAGAAACUGGAUUAA